CUGGUUUAGCUUUUCCUGCCCCUGACAGCUGUCACUGUACGCCGAGGUCAAGGGGAGAGAAGCAUGGCUGCGUUGUUUAGAGGGUCGCGAAAUGUCUUGUUAAGGUGGAACAAGCAUGUCGACCUCGCUCUCGUGUCAAAGCGAUCAAUGGCCUCAAAAACACCAGUGGGGUUUAUUGGUCUGGGAAACAUGGGCAGUCCCAUGGCCAAAAACCUGUUAAAGAACGGUUAUCCCAUUAUUGCCACUGAUGUCUUCCCUGAGUCUUGCAAGGAGCUGCACGACAUUGGUGCCCAGGUAGUAGACUCUCCAGCAGAGGUGGCAGAGAAAGCAGACCGCAUCAUCACAAUGCUUCCCUCCAGUCCCAACGUCAUAGAAGUUUACACAGGCCCGAAUGGCAUCCUCAAGAAGGUGAAGAAGGGGACACUGUUGAUUGACUCCUCCACCAUCGACCCGGCCGUCUCAAGAGAGAUGGCUGUUGCUGCGGAGAAGAUGGGUGCUGUGUUCAUGGAUGCUCCAGUAUCAGGAGGUGUCGGGGCUGCCAGCUUAGCCAAACUGACCUUCAUGGUAGGUGGAGUGGAGGAAGAAUACAAUGCUGCGCAGGAGCUGCUCACCUGCAUGGGAGCCAAUGUUGUCUACUGUGGACAGGUUGGCACCGGACAGGCAGCUAAGAUCUGCAACAACAUGCUCCUGGCCAUCGGGAUGAUUGGGACCGCAGAGACCAUGAACCUUGGCAUCAGACUGGGUUUGGACCCCAAGCUGCUGGCAAAGAUCCUCAACAUGUCCUCAGGUCGUUGCUGGUCCAGCGACACGUACAAUCCAGUUCCCGGUGUCAUGGAGGGAGUCCCCUCAGCCAACAACUACCAGGGUGGUUUUGGAACCACACUGAUGGCCAAGGAUCUGGGUUUGGCUCAAAACACUGCCACCAACACUAAGACACCCAUCCCUCUCGGUUCCCUCGCCCACCAGAUUUUCCGAGUCAUGUGCUCCCGCGGCUACGCUAACAAGGACUUCUCAUCCGUCUUCCAAUUCCUACGCGAAGAGGAAGGCCAGUGAAUGGAGGGGGAUGUUACCAUAUACACACACACACACACACACACACACACACACACACCACAACCACACACCCCAGUGCCCCUUAUCCCACUAUGCUCAGGAGAGACUAAGGCCUUGCCCUCAGGCACAGAUCUACGGUCCAAUUAACAUGCUGUAUGUCGACACAUGUCCCCUCCAUUGCAUUAGCUGAAUCAUAUUUUCAAUUCACAACUCUCCUUCUGCAUGGGGGAAAUGCUAAAACUGACCUUAGAUCAGUAUCUAGAGACAAAGCAACUUUCUUCCUAGUCUAGGAGGCCAGAGUGUAAAAUGAGAGGUAGGAUGAGGCGCUGUGGGUUUACAUGUAACAAUGCAAAUAAUUUGUGUUUUUUCAGGAUGAUUGAUAAGUAAUAUGUGCAUGAUUGUUAAAGAUUUUUGCCUGUUACCCAAAUGGCUUGGGCCUGUCCCUGUUAAAUAAAAGAGGACAGAUAAAAAAAAAAACACAAGCUACAGAAAGGAUUCACAUAGUAAUGGAAAUUUCUUUGAAGAGACAGUGCAAGAGAGUGCAGAGUUUAGGUUACGCUUUUUCCACUAGACAAAAAAUCCUACAUUCACACUACUACAUGUAACGUUACCAAAACUGGCCACACUGCAGGUCAAAGUUUACUUGUUUUGUUACAUUUGUCUCUGUUUGGCAGAAACAUGUUUCAUUCAAUCAUCCUGCCUCAUUUGUUGAUUUCAUUUUUCAGUCGUUCAUCUUUUUCUACCUUGUGAAUACACUAAAGUUAUAGUAUAGUUUCAGUUCUUUGGUACAUUUAAGUCAACACUCUGAAUCGAGCAGUUCUCCUCACUGAAAUACUGUGAUAUCUCUGGUUAUUUUUGCACUGUGUGCAUCGCAGAGCGAUGUGCCGGACCAUUUUGAUACGGUUACAGAAUCUCUUUGAAAUUACCUCUCUCCUCUACAGUCUACAUCUGCUUAUUGAGCCACUGGAGUAUUAUUUUGUGACCAACAACACUGUUUUUAUACUGUUCACUACAAAAUGUCUCACUGUCUAGCACUUUUCUCUAGCCUGGUUCUACUUUAAUUAAAGUCUAUCCUCACAUAUUUCUCCUCUUUCUCUCUCUCUCUCUCUCUGUCUCUCAACUUGUACGACAUUAGUAAAAAGAAAUGUGAGGAACAGUUCCUCCCUGCUCCGAGCAAAUGUACAUAAUGUAUAUUUCAUAUUGUUGUGUAGUAUUGAAGAGGAAUCUAAAUGGACUGCCGCUUUUUUUUUUUAGUAAAAUUCAUUUCUAGUGUCUACAGUUUGUCUUUGCUCUGUGAAACAGAUCCUCAGUCACACUGUAGCCUUAAAUAAAAGAUGUUCUGUGGA